CUCAGAGAGUCUCUCCUUCGCUUCCUCUCUCUCCUUCUCUAUCUGUUUCUCGCGUGGAACUUCCGAACAUUUCCUUAAAAAAAAAAAAAAAUUGCGUACAAACAAGAAAGAGAGAUAUAGAGAACGAAAGCUCUCUUUCUCAGAAAAUACUCUCUCACACACACACCAUCAAGAACAAAGAAAAAAACACACGAACAAUCUACACAGUAAAAAAGAAUCAACGAAGUAUCAAAUCUUUGUUAUUCUUCAGCUUCCCUUAUCUCUCACGCAGAGAUCUUGUCCCUCUACAAUGCAUUCUUCGUUGUAGCGGACAAGGGUUUUGAUUCUGGAGCAAAGCGGAGAAUGGGCCAUCUUUCAAGGGAUUGGAGUUCUGGGGUGGGCAGUUCACAAGCUCUGUUAUCGAACUUUGAGAUUGAAUAGAGUGAUCAUUAAGAUUGUUAGUCUUGGGCAUGGAAGAGGAUUGCAUAUACAGGAUUGUGUAACAGUAACAAAAAAUUGGGUAUUCUGUUUUUCUGGAGGAUAAUUUUUUUUUUUUUUGGGUUUGGCUGCUUUGUGUUUUUCGAUCAUCAACUAGGGGAUGAUUUGGGUGUUUGCUUUUGGUUAUAAGGAAAGGGAGGUAAUGGUUCUGUAUUGGCCCAGAAGGCAACACAGAUCAGAUUGUAGUGGACCAUUUUCGUUUCUCAAGGAACCUUUUGGGUUGACAUAGUUGGAGCUAAGUUCUUUAGCAAGGAAAAGCUUGUCCAACGUUAUUUUUAGUAAUCUGGAUUUCUUGAAUAUCACAGUGUAGAGUACUACUAUAGUAGGUUCGAUUUAGUGGAAGUAGUGGCUACCUUUGAUAUUAACUGUGUUUCUCAAUCACUUCUGUUUUACUCUGUGAGCAUUUUGGUGAAGGAUACUAAAGGGUUGGUGGAUUUUGGUAUCUCUGUUGUUGGGAGGGAUCAAGAAGUUCAUGGAGCAGUGUUGAAGCAGGAAAUGAAUGCGGGGACAUGGUGGAUGGACAGGAGCAUAGUUACUGGUUCGUUCCCUUUUUGGAACAGUGCUACUGGAAAGUAAUACAAGCAUUUUCUUUGGUGGAAGUCACUCGUGUUUUGUGUUCUGAGAUUCUGUGCGAUGUCGCGUUGUUUUCCAUUUCCACCACCAGGAUAUGAAAAGGCUAGGAGAGAUGAUGUGGACUUACUAAAAAAGGAAAAGGACAGAGAGAAGAAGCUGAAGAAAGAGAAGAAGAACAGAGAAAAGAAAGAAGGAAAGUAUAAAGAAAAAAGGGAAAAAGAUAGAACUGAUGGAAAGCAUAGGGAUAAGAAAGAGAAAAAAGAAAAGCAGAGAGACAAAAAGGAGAAGGACAGAGAUAAGGAUAGAGACAAAAUUAGUGCCUCAGAUGAGAAGAGGCUUCCAGGGAAAUCUGAGCAUAAAAAUGAAGAUAGAACCCCAGAUGAGAAGAAACUUCCUGGAAAAUCUGAUGUUAAUGGUGGAGAAAUAUUCAUCCAAAAGGAGAAGGAAAGGGGCGUAGAUAGAAAAAGUAUCUUAGGUGAAAAGAAAUUUGCUAGUCAGCUUUCAGGUUACGGUGUGAGGGUCUCUCAGAAUAGCCAUCUCACUGGGCAGCCAAAGGAGUCUAAUUUUGUACAGGAGGUUGACAGGAGGACCAGAGAUGAAGUCAGAGGUAGCAGGAAACAGUUGGUUGAGAAGCUUGUCAGUGUGGAUGCAAGAAAGUAUGAGGGAAUGGUCGGAUUGGUGGCCAAGGCUACUGGGGCUUUGACUGAUAACAAGGUAAAGAACAAGAAAGGUGAUUAUAGAAAGUUGGAUGGGCAAGGAAUCAGGGAUGAGUCAAAAUUUUCUGGAAAGGCUAUGGCUCAGAGCCUUCCUCGAACAGUUCAGCCUAUAAUUGAUAAAAAACCAACAAGACCACUGGAGAAUGAUAUUGAGAAAAGGAUUGAUGGGAAAGACAAGAGCAAACCAAAAGAAGGUGAUGAUAGACACAGGGAUAAACGGAAGGAUAAAGAUAAGGGUAAAGAAGGCCAAGGGAAGGACAAAGAAAAGAAAAAGGAGGAGAAAGUAAGGGAGAAAAAUGAACAUAAGAACCCAGAGCCAAAUAAAGUAAAAGAAAACAGCAAGGCUGACCUUACAGAUAUCCAUAAUGCAAAAGCCUCUCUUCUUCCCAAGGAGAGCAUUAAGAGUGGUCUCACUGAAGGAAAUCCAAGGAAACGAAAAGAAUCAUACAAAAAUGGAUUCUUUAAUGCUAAUGACAUUAAGCCCAGUAAGAUGCCAGGACCUAUUUCCUCUCAUCCAUUCAUAGAAAAUGGAAAGAUACUGGAAACUCCUCAAGCUUCCAUUCAAUUUGUAUCAGAUAAGGAAUGCAAGAUAAAUGGUGUAAUAGAAGCUCAGGCAAUAUCCAUCUCCUCAACAACACAGCCACCGUCCAUGCCUAUAUCAAAGUCUUUGCUUGCAAGUGCACAGGCUGAUCAAGUACCUAAAGUGUCCAGGAAACUACCCCAUCCUGAUUCCAAAUAUCCAAGUGAGGUCCUUAAAGUUCCCAAAAUGGAAAAAUGGUGUGAUUUUGAUGACCAGGAAUGGCUUUUCGAAGAUAGAGAUUCUCGAUUAAAAAAGCCCAAGGUUGGUUCUUUUGGGGUUGAUGAGACACCCCAAGUAUGGUCAGAAGCUCUACAGAUAGAGUCAGCUGAUGUCUGCGCACUACCAUAUGUAAUUCCAUACUGAUUGGUCAUACAGUAGACUGUCAUACUGACUGUGGUUAACCAUCUUGUUUCGUCUGAUGUGGUGGCCAUCCAACGGACAACUGGGACUGGAAUAGCAACAUGUGGCGCUUGCUGCUUGGGGUGGUUGUUUGAUUCUGGUGCUGCAUUAGCCUGAUUACUGCAAUGUUGCCGUCUACAUUCUUCUGAAUGCCUCCGUUUUGUAAUAUUGCUGAAUGGAAUUGAUCUAUCAUGCGGAUAAGAAAAGCUUGGAUUGGAGGGGCAGGCUUUGCCACCGCAUGCGGUACUACUAAUUCAUUAAAAAUGGGAAUUUUCAUAAAGGACUGAGUGGGGUUGCUUGAAAAGGGUGGUGUAUAAGCUUGUGCAAUUUUAUUUUAUUUGCUUAAAGCUAAGCUCUUUCUAAUUGAGAAUGUAAAAGAAAACUAGCUGUGGACUUUGCGACUCCACCACAAUUCUGUGGCCUCUGCGACUCCACCACAAUUUUGUUUUGUAACAUAGAACUUUUAUUUACAAGAAAUGUAAAGGGAAAAGAAAAGUAGUGGCAUUCAUUUA